CCUCCUCUGUGUAUGCAUGUCUUCUUUUCUCGCCCCUCUCUUUGAUUCUCUUUCUUUCUUUUUUGGAGGCUCCUUUAAAUAGGCUCUCUUUUCGACGCCAUAUCCUUCGAGAAAACAACUCAUAAUCUUUUGAAGGAUAUCGACGGAGGCUUAGAGAGUGGUUCUCGGCGUUUCCGCAUCUCCGAUUUAGGCGGCAAUUGGAUAUUUCUGCUUGUUUUUCUCGGGGCCCUGAAAUCUCGAGAGCAAAAGUAGAAAAAGAGAAGGAAGAGGAAAAAAAAAAAAAUCUAGACCUAGGAUUUGUUUGUCUGAAAAUUUCUUGUUUUUCUUUUUCAAGGGCAAGAAAGUUUCGAGUUGUUUUCUUUAUGUGGAGGACCUGAUUGGAGCGGAGCUUUGCUGUGUCAAGUAAAUUAGAUUAAGCGAUACAAGGAUUUUGGUUGGAAUUGUGGAGCUGAGAUUCUGUUGAGUAUCUAUUCAAUGGCUGCUCAAUUGCAAAAAACUGCAGAUGAAAUGAAGCGGAAGAAGCUUCACGUUGAAGCUUCCCCUGCCGAGCUCACCAGUUCCAAUCUGGUUCCAUCCAAGCGUGCAAAUUCCCCAUCUGAUGCAACUUCAUGUAUAUCAUCUGUGGGGGAGGCCCCAGGUAGCGUUAAAGGAGACGUGGAUCAGGAGCACUUGGUUACAGAUCAAGGUGUUCAAUACCCUGCCAGUGGCUUUUAUGGAUACUACUAUCCAGGUUAUGGCGGUUCCUAUGGAGAUAUAGACAAUCAAGGGUACUAUGUAGGUGCUGAUGCAGGGGAACUCCAAUAUCCUGUCAUGCAAGCAGAUAAUGGAUCUUAUGUGUAUCUCAUGCCAGGAUAUCAGACUGGCUACUCUUCGUACUUUCCUGUGAGUACAAUUGGUGCAGAUCAGCAGUAUGUUGGUCAUAUGUAUCCUCAUGGCUCCAUCUUUGAACAACCAAUUGCUUCACCUGGGUAUUAUUCAGCUCCUCUGUCAUAUGGGGAUCUUGUGCCAGUGCCCUACUCAUUUGAUUCAUAUCCAACUACACAAGAUGGAUUGCACGCAAAUGCUUAUAGCGAAUUGGCUGGAAAACCAAUUGGGAAACCUAAUUUAUCCUCCCAAAGUCAUUCUGGCAGUCUUGCAUCAAAGCCCGUGUCUCAUUCUAGCUUGAGCCACCCAUUGGAAGUAAAGAGUUCUGCACCAUUAAAAGAUGUCUCUUCUGGUCUUGCUAAGCGUAACCAGAUAAAACCAUUAAACAAGGCACCGGUUGGUGGUGCAAUCCUUCAUUCAGAUGUAAUUGCAAAGGGCUGCUUGCCUAUUACCAAGUUUCCGACAUACAAUCAAGGAAAGAGUGGACUACUCUAUUCAAACAACUUGCUUAAUGUGAAAUCGAACACCAAGGGUUGGGUUGGCACAGAAAAGUAUAAAUGGAGAAGCAAGGUCAGUGGUUCAAUUGAUGAGCAGAAUUAUGGUCCUAGAACAGUUAAUGCCAAAGGUACAUUAAUGUCUGGAGGUAUUCCUGCUGGAACCCUGGCCACAGAUGGGAGUGGAAAUGGCCAGAAAAACUCUUUGGUCAGGAUGGAUCAAUAUAACCUUCCUGAUUUCCCAACUAAGUAUGAUCAUGCAUUUUUCUUUGUCAUCAAAUCAUACAGUGAAGACGAUAUUCAUAAGAGCAUUAAAUACAAUGUGUGGGCUAGUACUCCUAACGGGAAUAAGAGGUUAGAUGCCGCAUACCAGGAAGCACAAAAGCCGUUGGCAGAGAAAGGAAGCAAGUGCCCAGUGUUCCUUUACUUUUCGGUCAAUGCCAGUGGUCAGUUUUGUGGAGUAGCUGAGAUGAUUGGACGAGUUGAUUUCAACAAAAAUAUGGAUUUCUGGCAACAGGAUAAAUGGAGUGGAUAUUUCCCCGUAAAAUGGCAUAUUAUAAAGGAUGUCCCAAAUCCUCAGCUACGACAUAUAAUACUCGAGAAUAAUGACAACAAGCCCGUGACAAAUAGCAGAGACACGCAAGAGGUGUAUUAUCCCCAAGGUAUUGAAAUGCUUAGCAUAUUUAAGAACUUCGUGGCUAGGACUUCCAUAUUGGAUGACUUUGAAUUUUAUGAAAGCCGUCAGAAGGUCAUGCAAGAGAAGAAAGUAAGACAGCAUAUGCCUAUUUCCAAUGAACAGCAGAUAGAUCAAUUAUCAACUGCUUUGGGUCAGUAGACAUAUCCGGUGUGAAGAGCGCCGAGGAUCCCAAGGUGGUUGAGCAAGUGAAGGACUGAAGAGAAUGUUAGCCUGAUUCUUUUCCUGGAAAGCAUCGGGCACCGCCGCUGGCAAUGAUUGCUGCAGUAGCCGACACUGCCACAUGGAAGAAAAGAGCUCAAGGAUUUUGAUUUCAGCGAAGUGCUGUUGGUUUGGAACGGAGGGGAAUAAUUCACCUGGGGAAGUGGUGGCCAAAUUCCUCUACGAACAGAGGAAGGGGAUGGGAGACAUUCUGAUUGCAGUUCAGAGGGUACCAAGAUGAUCAAUUGUCAUUUACUUGCUUUCAAAUUGUUUUUAAUGUUUUACAAUUUCCCUUCAGUUUGGGAAUUUAGUUCAAUAUAAUGAAUGAUUAGUUUUAA